AUGUCUCAUCAGGAAGGACACAGUCUGCAGGAUGAGCCUCUGCAGGGUUCCUGGGUAGAGCUACAUUUCAGCAACAACGGUCAUGUCGGAAUAGCACCACUGGUGGGUCAAGAGCAAGUGCCACCCUCGAUCUCCAUUCACAAUGGCGACAUGGAAAAAAUACUACUGGAUGCCCAGCAUGAGUCCGGACGAAGCAGCUCUAGAGAAAGUUCACACUGUGACAGCCCCCCUCGAUCUCAGACCCCCCAGAGCAUCCAGAGACUAAGCGACAGUGAAACCCAGGGCAGCAAAGAAAAGAGCAGCUCACAGUCAGAGGAAGAUUAUAUUGAACGGAGGAAAGAGCUGGAAAACCUAUUGAAGAAGAAUUCCGACUGGAUCUGGGAUUGGUCCAGCAGGCCUGAAAAUAUCCCUCCCAAGGAAUUUGUCUUCAAACAUCCGAAGCGUAGCUCUGCUCUGAGCAUGAGAAACACAAGUGUCAUGAAGAAGGGUGGGAUUUUCUCCGCAGAAUUUUUAAAAGUUUUCCUUCCCUCCUUGCUAUUAUCCCACCUGCUGGCUAUUGGACUGGGGGUUUAUAUCGGAAGGCGUUUGACGACCUCCACAGGUACAUUCUAGAACGGAGAGAGAACAACGCUUUAUUCGAGAAGAGAGCAGACCUCUGGUCAUCACAAUCUGCUGUGUAAAUGAAUGUUGUUUAUAAAGCCCAUCAUUAGUGAGGGGAUAGUGAUCACUUUAAUGAAGAUAACCGUUUCAUUCAGAUCCAUUGGCAUGCUUCUAGGCUUUCAUCCACUGUGAAUUGUAGUUGUUUAAAGGAAAAGUUGGUUAUCUGUACAGG